AUGUCGGCCACUACAACGCGCGUGUCCUUCGUUCGCAUUCUUCACUCCUCAAUUGGGUUUGAUCGCUUGAUCACAGUGUCUCCCAUACCCCUGCCACGAUUGACCCUUGCUUUAGAAUUUCAGAAUUCAGAUGCAUUUGAAGAAGCUAGCUACUUAGUUCAGUCCCCCACCACUCGGUAA